UGUUUAUGUACUUGGCUUUAUUUGGCAUUUAUUUAUCAAUACUGACACCUUGUAUAAUUUAAUAAAACCACUAAUUUUUGUGCAUGACUAUUGUGAGUCAGAAUCAACUCAACAGCAACAGGUUUGGUUUUGUUUUUGGUUUACUGGACAAAGUCAAAAGUUAGUGAUGAGAAAUCAUACAAUAACAACAUUCAUUCUCCUGGGACUAACGGAAGAUCCACAACUGCAAGGCUUACUUUUUAUUUUUCUAUUUCUUACCUACUUUUUGAGUGUAACUGGGAACCUGACCAUUAUCUUACUGACUUUAGCAGAUUCUCACCUUAAAACACCAAUGUACUUUUUCUUACAAAAUUUUUCCUUCCUAGAAAUCUCGUUCACAUCUGCUUGCAUUCCUAGAUACUUGUAUAACCUAACAACAGGUGACAAGACUAUUACCUACUGUGCUUGUGCCAUUCAAGGAUUUUUUGCUGACCUUUUGGGAGUCACUGAAUUUUUUCUCCUGGCCAUCAUGUCUUAUGACCGCUAUGUGGCCAUCUGCAAGCCCCUGCAUUACACCACCAUCAUGAACAGCAGAGUGUGCAAAAGACUCAUCUUUUGCUGUUGGAUGGCUGCCUUGAUGAUCAUACUCCCACCGUUUAGCCUGACUCAAAAUCUGGAAUUCUGUGACUCUAAUGUCAUUGACAGCUUUCUCUGUGAUGUUUCUCCCUUCUUGAAGAUUUCAUGCUCAGACACGUGGGUCAUUGAGCAGAUGGUUAUAGCCUGUGCUGUGUUGACCUUCAUCACAACCCUUCUUUGUGUGAUUCUUUCCUACAUAUAUAUCAUUAGGACCAUUCUAAGAUUUCCCUCACCCCAACAAAGGAAAAAAGCCUUUUCUACCUGUUCUUCUCACAUGAUUGUGAUUUCCAUCACUUAUGGCAGCUGUAUCUUCAUCUAUGUCAAACCUUCAGCAAAGGAAUCAGUGGUUAUUAAUAAAGGUGUGAUAGUGCUCACUACGUCCAUUGCUCCUAUGCUGAACCCCUUCAUUUAUACCUUGAGGAACAAGCAAGUAAAACAAGCCUUCAGUGACUCCAUCAAAAGAAUUGUCUUAUCUUCCAAGAAGUAAAGGAAUGCUGAAGUUGAUAAUCAAGUUUUCAUAAGAGAUUGGCUUUCCAAAGCAUAUAUCAUUAAGUUCCUAAAACAAUUUGUUCCUUCCUAAUCUGAAGUUCACUCAAGUAAAGUUUCUCAACAUGUUUCUUCUCCCCAAGAAUUCCCUUAGUAAGUUCACUUCUUUCCACUUCUUGCAAAGA